GGGGGGCGCCUCGGGAGGCCCGGCGGGAGCCUGGCCGCGCCCCGCGCCGCCUCCUUCCGCUCACCGCCCCCUCGGAGCGGCGGCCGCAGCCCGCCGGAGGGAGCAGGUGCGGCGCCGGGCGGGACUGCAGUGGCGCGGCCCGGGGCGGCGGCGGCGGCCGGCGCCCUGAACCCGCAGAAUCCCGCGCCGCGGCCGCAGCCCGGGCCGUGCCGCCCGCCCGCCGCUCCCCGCGGGCCCGGCCCUGCGCGCCGCCCGCUCCGGCGGCCGUUCCUCGCGCGUGUCCCGGGCGGAGCCGCGGGGGCACCGCGGCGCCGUCCCCCGGCCGCACUCCUCCCGAGCCGCUCGCGCCUUCCCUCCCCGUGCCCCGCAGCCGCCCGCCUCCGCCCGCCGGGGCGAUGGCCGCAGAGGAGGCCCCGCAGGCCGCGGACCACUACAAGGCGGAGAUAGAGCGGCUGAGCAAGGAGCUCGCGGAGACGACCCACGAGAAGAUCCAGGCCGCCGAGUACGGGCUGGUGGUGCUGGAGGAGAAGCUGACGCUCAAGCAGCACUAUGACGAGCUGGAGGCCGAGUACGACGGCCUCAAGCAGGAGCUGGAGCAGCUGCGGGAGGCGUUCGGGCAGUCCUUCUCCAUCCACCGCAAAGUGGCCGAGGACGGGGAGAGCCGAGAGGAAACGCUUCUGCAGGAGUCGGCGUCCAAGGAGGCCUACUACCUGGGGAAGAUCUUGGAGAUGCAGAACGAGCUCAAACAGAGCCGCGCCGUGGCCACCAACGUGCAGGCAGAAAACGAGAGGCUCACGGCCGUCGUGCAGGACCUGAAGGAGAACAACGAGAUGGUGGAGCUGCAGAGAAUACGGAUGAAGGAUGAAAUCCGAGAAUACAAAUUCCGGGAGGCCCGCCUCCUCCAGGACUACACGGAACUGGAGGAAGAAAAUAUCACGUUGCAGAAACUUGUGUCCACGUUAAAGCAGAACCAGGUCGAAUACGAAGGCUUAAAGCACGAAAUCAAGCGAUUCGAGGAGGAGACGGUACUGCUGAACAGCCAGUUGGAAGACGCCAUCCGGUUGAAGGAGAUCGCCGAGCACCAGCUGGAGGAAGCCCUCGAGACCCUGAAAAAUGAACGGGAGCAAAAGAACACCCUGAGGAAGGAGCUGUCCCAGUACAUGACCCUCAGCGACAACCACCUCAGCAUCUCGGUGGAGGGGCUCAAGUUUGCCGAGGAGGGGGGCCAGCCGAACAACGACGACAAGAUGAACGGCCAUCUCCACGGGCCCCUCGGGAAACUGAGUGGGGACUACCGCACCCCCACGCUGAGGAAGGGGGAGCCUCUGCACCCUGUGUCCGACUUAUUCAGUGAGCUGAACAUUUCAGAAAUACAGAAAUUGAAGCAGCAGCUCAUGCAGGUCGAGCGGGAAAAGGCGAUUCUCCUGGCCAAUCUCCAGGAGUCGCAGACGCAGUUGGAACACACCAAGGGGGCGCUGACAGAGCAGCACGAGCGUGUGCACCGGCUCACGGAGCACGUCAAUGCCAUGAGGGGCCUUCAGAGCAGCAAAGAGCUCAAGGCCGAGCUGGACGGGGAAAAGGGCGGGGACUCGGGAGAGGAGGCUCACGACUAUGAGGUGGACAUCCAUGGCUUAGAGAUCCUUGAGUGCAAAUACAGGGUGGCAGUGACUGAAGUGAUCGAUCUGAAAGCUGAAAUCAAGGCCUUAAAGGAGAAAUACAAUAAAUCUGUAGAAAAUCAUACUGAAGAGAAGGCUAAGUAUGAGAGUAAGAUGCAAAUGUAUGACGAGCAGGUUACAAGCCUUGAGAAGAGCACCAAGGAGAGUGGGGAGAAGAUGGCCCACAUGGAGAAGGAGCUGCAAAAGAUGACCGGCAUAGCCAACGAGAACCACAACACCCUUAAUACAGCUCAGGAUGAGUUGGUGACGUUUAGUGAGGAGCUGGCUCAGCUUUACCACCAUGUAUGCCUGUGCAAUAACGAAACCCCCAACAGGGUCAUGCUGGACUACUACAGGCAAAGCAGGGUCACCCGCAGCGGCAGCCUGAAAGGGCCUGAGGAUCCCCGGGGACUUGUGUCCCCACGGUUAGCCAGGCGGGGCGUGUCAUCCCCAGUAGAAACAAGGACCUCAUCCGAACCAGUUUCCAAAGAAAACACGGAGGUUAGCAAAGAACCAAGUCCAACCAAGACCCCCACCAUCUCUCCUGUUAUUACUGCCCCGCCGUCAUCUCCAGUAUUAGAUACAAGUGACAUCCGCAAAGAGCCAAUGAAUAUCUACAACCUUAAUGCCAUUAUCCGGGACCAGAUUAAGCAUCUGCAGAAAGCUGUGGACCGGUCCUUGCAGCUGUCUCGUCAGAGAGCGGCCGCACGGGAGCUGGCCCCCAUGAUCGACAAAGACAAGGAGGCCUUAAUGGAAGAGAUCCUCAAGCUGAAGUCCCUGCUAAGCACCAAACGCGAGCAGAUCGCCACCCUGAGGGCGGUGCUGAAGGCUAACAAACAGACAGCAGAAGUGGCACUAGCUAAUCUCAAGAACAAAUAUGAAAAUGAAAAAGCAAUGGUGACUGAAACGAUGACGAAACUUAGAAAUGAACUGAAGGCUUUGAAAGAAGACGCAGCAACUUUCUCAUCCCUGAGAGCAAUGUUUGCAACAAGAUGUGACGAAUACGUCACACAGUUGGAUGAGAUGCAGAGACAGUUAGCAGCCGCAGAGGACGAGAAGAAGACUCUAAACACUUUGUUGCGAAUGGCCAUCCAGCAAAAACUCGCCCUGACUCAGCGGCUGGAGGACUUAGAGUUUGACCAUGAGCAGUCACGGCGCACCAAAGGCAAACUUGGGAAGAGCAAGAUCGGCAGCCCUAAAGUAAGUGGGGAGGCAUCAGCCAUCGUGCCCACCAUAGACACUUCCCUCCUGCAUAGUCAGGGCCCACAGACACCCAACAUUCGGGUCAGCAGUGGCACUCAGAGGAAAAGGCAAUUUUCACCUUCCCUUUGUGAUCAGAGCCGUCCCAGGACUCCAGGGGCAUCCUACCUACAGAAUUUAUUAAGAGUUCCCCCUGAUCCCACCUCCACAGAAUCAUUUCUUCUGAAGGGCCCCCCUUCCAUGAGUGAAUUCAUCCAAGAGCACCGGCUCAGCAAGGAAAAAAGGUUAACCGUGGCCCCACCAGUUUCUUGUAGAUUGUCAGCAGCCUGCUGCCUCCGUACCGCCACAGUGCUCACAACUAGCCGGGAGGCAAGACUGCCCGACUGUCAGUCCCGACCUAGCUCUCCCUGAUGGGCAGCCACAUUCCAGCUCGCAGUGCGCCCCUCUCCACUGUCUCUCGAAGCCUCCUCACCCCUAGACUCCAUCUCCCGAGGACGAGUAUCCGGGGUGAACGUUUUGUAGCCACACACAGGAUCCUGCCCGAGAUCCAGCGCGUGUGUUCUUCUCGGUUGUGAGAUGUAUGAUGGGAUUCAUGGCCAUCAUUCUGGAAGAUGAGAGAAAGUUCAGAAGGAUGACACAAAGCACAGACUCUGGUGUGACUACACGUUUUAUGGUUUCUCAAAGUCACAGAUAAACUUCCGCAAUCAAAGGGUGACAGUUCAGUUACAUAAAAGCAAACAGAACAAAAAUGAAACAGGAAAACGUGUAUCUCAGAUGGCUUGUUUUACCUCCAUAGCGUAAGAGAGACCCAAGACAAUGUAAAAUUCAUACAAUGUAAGGUCAUGCUUCCUCAUACGUCGUAUUCAGCUCUACAAGUUGAGUCCAGUAUCUUUUGUCAUUGGUGUUUAUUUUGAACUUUAUUUGCCACAUGAUUUGCGUCUAUAAAAACCAUGUCUGUGAGAGGGGAACUUAACUUCACUUACUUUUAAAUAAGCAUCAUUUGCUCAGUUAAAUCUGAGUUUUAAUUUAGUUCGGAAUCUGGAAUUGGCCCAACUGUGGUCAUUUUUCUUGCACAAAAUGAUAAAUGAGGUACGUUGGAAUGUUAAUGAUAACUAUUUUGCUGCUACACUGAUAUUGUUUAUGCACUUAUUUUCUAAUCCACAGCUCAUUAACUGCUGGGUUUGUUUUUUUUUAAACUAGAAUUCUUCACUGGAUAUUACAAAGUAAAUCUAAGAAAUCCUAUGUUAUGAUUCAUUGACUCAUUCAACUUUUGACGGCAUCUUUCAUAUUUUAAAAUUGCAGACAAGUAAAUGUGCUGGUGCUGUUCCUGUACGCGUGUGUGUGUAUGUGUGUGUGUGCACGCACGCGUGUGUGUGAGAGAGAUGUUAAAAAAGGCUAAAUAAUAUGAAGGGGAAAAAAUGGAGUGUUUACUUAAUGACUAGUAUUUUUUUUCCUUUCUAACUCCUCCCACAUUCGCAGUCCCUCUCACAAGUCUUUCCUGUUAAAAGCUAUCACAUGGGAAAAUCUGUACUUAGAUAUGUGUAAGUUGACCUUCGGUGAAUUUAUCCAGACAGUGUUCAAAUUUUGAUUGAAAUCGUAUGUUUUGUUGUUAGUUUUUUCAUAAUGGAUCUUCUUUGCCAAAAAGAAAACAGAUAAUGAACCUUAACUCAUUGUCAAUAUUUGACACUCAGGUGCCUAUAAUCAUGAUAUUCUGUUGAGAUCAUGCAUGUUCCUUGUUGAUUUCCAGAUGCUGCCGGAUGACUCUUAGGACGAUUUCAGGCAGUGGAUUUUCUUGGCAAAGUUUCUUUUGCACGUAAUCUGGCACACAAGGAAAACAGCUAAUCGAGCUGAAAGGCCUCACUCUCUCGGGCUCCUCACCAUCUCUCAAGUGCUGUCCACACAAUAGCCCCUAACCCCAGUUCCUUGUCUAGUCAGGUAUCCUUAACUUGCUUCAAACCAUCACGGUUUGACCUUUUCACGUAACAAUAUCUGUAACUUGGAUGCAAAAGCAAUGCAGACUGUCAACACAAGAGGUAGUUACCAAUGCCGGCUGCUCCGGUGGAGGUCUGGUAGGGGUCGCUCAGCUUCCUGCGCGGGGCGGCUGGCACGAUCUCGGGGAGCCCCGUGUGCGACGCGGGCCGGUGGGUGAGUCCUCAGGCCCAGGGACGCAGCUUCGCGCAGAGGCAGGCCUGUGGCCGAGGGGUGGCCCCGUCCCCAGAGCUGCCAAGUGGUUUGAGUUCCUUAUCUGAGGGCUGUUUUCCACCGCGUCAUUUAUUAUGCAACUUGUACUAGUUGGAAAUCUUCACCGAAAUAGGGAUUCAGGUGAAAGUACAGAACUAGGGACAAGUGAGAUCUUCAUGAAGUCCUGAUCAUGGCCGCUUAGCCUUCUGCCCUUUCCUGCCUGCAUUGCCUUGCUGACCUAAACAUUUUCUUCAUUUUGUUAGUGUUGUAUCCGCCUGGUGCCAGUAUUAGUGAGACUGUGGGUUUCCUUGGAAUUCAGUUAAAGGAAGCCACCCCACUUCCAUCCCCGUGCCUGCUUUUCUUUUUCUUUUCUUUCUGUUUUUGUUUGUUUCCAAGUGUGAUGUGUUUGGACCUGAGAAAUGGCAUAGCUGCUAAGUUAACUUUGAAUAUGAAACUGUUUGUGCCUGAGGGAAAAUAAUGCCUUUAUUUUCAAGUACCUCAGAACAUCUGUACGCCUCAUUAGCUCAGUUGGUGGCCAGGAAUUCAGCAGCUAAGUGGCCUCUGUGCGCAGCUCCCGAGCAGGGGCCACGGAAGGCGCGGUGUUGAGGUCACGCCCCUUUCUCUUUAGUUAUGACCCGGCGGAAAGGCGAGUUGUAGAUGAAACACUUAUUUUCUUCCACUACGAAGUUUAUCGUUGUCUCUUAUACCCUAGUUUUAUUUCAGUUCUUCAUAUCAAUAGAGUGGAAAAUGCUUGUUUUGAAAUAUUCUAUAAAAAUACCAAUUUUAGCAAAACUUUGCCAAGAAGAUAGAGAAACUUGGAAAUAAAUUUCUAAUUUUCAGCACAAAAUUGGAUAAUAGUCCCAAAGCGGUAACAGAGAAUUCCGUGUAUUUACACUGUGGCAUCAUUUAGUAUCGUUUAAACUGAGCCAUAUCUGUAUUUAUUUAUAGGCAUUUAAAAUGAAGAAAUAUAUGUAGGAUUGAUAGAAAUCAUGUGUUGAGAAAUAUCAGGAUUCAAAAGGAAAUUGAAAAGUAGAAGAAUCAGUGAAAAUUAAAAAGAACAAACCUCAGUAAGACUAAUUGAAGACAGACUUGGGGAGUAAAAACCAAACUGCAGAAAUACAAUUAAAAUAUUGGCUAAUUACUGUAAAAACAGUGGGCAAAGAUAAGGGUAACUAACUAGCAAGAGUGGCUAGGAAAAUAACCAGGUAGUUUUUUAAAAGUAAGCACAAUUACCAUCAUGAAAAGAAUAGUCAGUAUGCAGAAAUGCUUUCCCACUGAGGAUUUUUCUUAGUGAAAAAUCUAAAUUAAAAAGCAACACUAGAUUUGCCUUUGGCUGGAGCGCUUGGGGGCAUCAGGCCCCGUGGAUGAAGCUUCCCAGUCAACUCAUGUUUCACUAGAUUCCAUUCAUGUAUCCAAUUCUGUUUCAGUAAGAGGAAUUUGGAGAACUUUGAGAAAAGAGUUAUUAAAUAAUUUUAAGAAGAGCUAUUUAGAAAGAUGACACAUUUAUUUAGCCUAAGGAAGAAGAGGUACAAUAGUGAUCUUCAAAGAAAAAAGACUUAACAAUACUGUAGGUACCAGCUAUAGAUGUCAUUACUGAGACUAGAAUGAGAAAAACAAAGUCUUCAGUGUCAGGGACUUAAAUGAACUCCAGGAGAGAGAUUUUUAAGAGUAAGCAAUUAAUCGUUGAAAUAAUCGUAAGGAAGAUUUGUUUUCUAAAAAUUAAAUGUUAUUGGCUGUCAACUUAGGAUGAUUAAAUGGUAAGACAUCUUAUGAUAAUGUUUUACAAUUCUGGGAUUCUAUAAUCGUAUGCUUCUUUUAAAUUUAAAAAUAAAGUUAUACUCGUUAUUCAUAAAAGAUAUUUUAUCCCUUGAAAAUAGGAUAGCAAUCUUAAUUUUUCCAAGGUAUUUGAUACAAAACAAAACAGGAUCAUUGAUAUUAUUUUUCCUUCCAGCUAUAUUUCAUAAUAUCUUUAAAGAUAUCCAGAAUGUAGUAAUUUUACUAUAAAAAUCCUCAAUUGUUAGAGUCUAAAAAAAUGAACAUCCUCAGGAAUACUUCAGAUAUAGAAGGUAUGCAAUCCCUUAGGGGAGGCAAAUGCCUCUCAAACUUUAUCUUUUCUUAAAACAAUCUUCAACCUACCGUAUUUACUUUUUUCACACCUUAGAAAAUAUUCCUGUACAGAUGGACCUUCCAUUUCACACAAGCAUGAAAUGCUGGCCAAGCAAACCAACUGUGAAUGCAAACAUUUCCUGAUAUCCUGUUUUAGAUGAAAUCCCAACAGUUCUCAAGUACAAAUUGUAAAAUACAAAAAGGAAGAAAUGCAAUACUCCUCUGGGAUAAGAAUGGCAAACAAAUUUAAUGUAGUUGUUAUAAUCAAUCAGCCAAAAGACAUAAUCUGUCUCUAAGAAAAAUACAUUAGGGAAAACAUGGAUUUGCAGUAAGGAUCUGCUGAUUCAACCCCAAAACGCUGCAAAUCCAUUGAUGUUGUAGAUACACUGCAGACCCAGCUUCGAAAGGAACUUUAGGAAAAGUUCACAAUUUAAAAAUUUGGCCCUCCAGGAUUUUCGUUGGUUUAUAAGCCGAAGUGAUUUAAAAUAAUCCUGUAUUUAAGAUUGCAAAAAACAUACAAGAAUGUGUUUUCGAAUAAAGGAAACAUAAUUCUUCAAAAAGCUGUUGAACGGGAAUUGUGAAAAAUAGCAUGAUCAGUGCUGAUAUCGAUAAGGUAUUGUACCUGAAAAUCAAUUUCUAUGGACAUACAAGACCAAUCUAGCUCCCAGGUGACCUUUUCCAUUGUCUGUAAUAAUGCCCCCAAAUGAGUUGUGUCUGUAAUUAAGUUAAUCCUUAUUUAAAUGUCAAGUUAACUGCAGUGCUCCCUGAUGUACUGCAUCUGUGGCCUGCUCCAGGUAUAUUAACAUCUGAAAGAUGUUGUCUAGACAUCUCUUUUGUCCUUAAAGUAUAACCGAAGAAGAUAUUUAGUAUUAAGAUAGGUUCCCCAAUCGAGGAUUUUCCAGAAAUAAUAUUCUACUUAAGAAGAAGAGAAGUGAUUAACUGCCUUUACUGUAAGGGCAUGAGAACAUAAACGUAUGCUGUGUAAAAUGUUUGCAUGAGAUAUUUCACAUCAUGUAAGCUUUCCCAUAUUCAUAAUAUGAACACCGCGGAAGUCUGAUUUCUCUUGUGGUCCCCUCCGUUAGGAACGUAAGGAGAUUGUUGCCUAUAUCUGGUCUCCUUUCGAUAUUGAAUGCAUGACUCUCAUCAGUGUAUUUUUAUCCCCUUCCUCUGGCGUUAUUUAAAAUUUGCCCUAUUUAAACUAAAGCCUGGACAGACUGCUGAGCCAGAUUUAUUUCUGUGAUUGGAGUUUAAGUGCUGUAGAACACUGAUGGAGAACACAGUUUAUUUUACUUUUUUUCCUUUUCGAAUUAUUCUCUGAUCGUUACGGUUCUCUAAUGAAAACACUGAGAAGUAAAUUCGAUACUUUUAGUGUGACUGUUAUUUUUUCUUUUUCAAAAGUCAUUUUUUUAAAAACAAAGAUCAGAGAACUGUAUGAGAAAUGUUAUCAUUUUGUUGAUAAUCAUUAUUUGAUAAUGGAGAUAGAGAAUGAAUUGUUUGUGUUUUGGGCUUAUAGAAAUGAAUAUGCAUCUAAUCUUACAGGAAAUAAAUUAUUUUAAUAAUUUGCCACAAAAUUUUUAAGCUCAGUGGUUUGACUUUUAAUUGACUAAGUGGUUAGUCAAUUAAACAGUUCUUUGGAAAUCUUUUAUGACUUUUUAUAAUCUCAGUGUUUUUAUUUGCAUGAGUAUGCAUAUGUGAUGAAACAUACAUGACUCUAAUAUUGUAUUUCUUUCCAUUAUUAACAUUUGUGUAAUGUGUGGCCAAUCCUGAUUUUUUACACUGUGUGAUUAUUGUUGUAAUGAUUCUAUUCCUACACUUAAUUGCAAUUUUGUUGUUAUGCCUUUUGGGGUUAAAUGAUGUGAAGUGUUUCCACCUAAUAACAACAUCAUAUGAAAACGUGACUGGAAAAAUUGACCUAAGAUACCCUUUUGUUGCUGAUUAUUUUUAAAAAUCCAAAUUUCAAAGGAAACUUGUUCUCAAAGACACGUAUAUAGCAUUUGUUUUAAAUUCAAUAUAAUCAUAUGAAUUUAUUAUUGCUUGUCCUUUUAAAUUUUUUUAUGUAGACAAUCCUAACUGACCAUCUCAUGGGAGAGAUCCAUAUGAUAUGUGCUUGUCUUUGAGUAAUUUAAUCAUGCACCCAGUGGUUGGAAGAGGCACUCCGAUGCUAAGAAAGUAACCGAAAGCUGAUACAUUGAUUCUUACGUCUUGGUUUAUGUUACCAACUGAAGAUGGUGUAAUGUCUAACUCUUCCCAGUAAAUAAACUGGUUAUCUUUUGUUCAUUUAA